UGUAGAUUACUCGGCCUGCUCAGUGCUGCUCGACGUUCGGCUGCUCCUGCCUGUUGUAGCAUUAGCAGCUCGUGGUUGUAGCCGAACAUUUAGCCUCUGAUCAAACCUCCAGGAGCCGCAGUGGUUCGCCCACUUUUUCUGUGAGCUAUGGCCAACGACUCGGUGAAACUCUCCAAAAAUCUCCUGCGCAUGAAGUUCAUGCAGAGAGGUCUGGAUGCUGAGACGAAGAAGCAGCUGGAAGAAGAUGAGAAGAGAAUAAUAAGUGAUGAGCACUGGUAUCUGGACCUGCCAGAGCUGAAAGCCAAAGAGAACCUGAUCAUAGAGGAGAAGAGUUUUGUGCCCUGUGAAGACCUGAAGUACGGUCGCAUGUCGUUCAAGGGUUUCAACCCUGAAGUGGAGAAGCUGAUGGCUCUGAUGAACCCAAAAGAUGAAGAGGAGGAACAGGAGGUGGAGAUCAGCAGGAUGCAGACGGACGUCACAGAUGAAGAAAUGGCUCUGAGGUACGAGAGUUUAGUGGGAAGCAUGAAGAAGAAGUUUGCUAAGAAGCGGGAGAGGGCGGCGAUGGAAGAGGACUUAAACCAGAACGCUGCAGAAACAAACACGAAGAGGAGUUUUAUGAAACCUCAGGACUGAGCUCACCAUGUGAUGGACUUUAGAAACGUGUUUUUAUGUAAAUGAUGCAGAUCGAAGCUUUUUUAUGGCUGUGAGGGAAACGUGCAGAGCUCCUCUGUGAGCGUGACAGAGCAGCGUGCACGGCGUUUUAAAGCUGGAUGGAUGUUAUACAUCCUGGUUUUUUUAAGUUGUAUCUCUGAGAUUCAGUGAGAGCUGUGAACAUACAGUGUCGUUACGAUUUUCAUUAAACACAGCUCAGUGCA